GUGCGGGCCGUUCGUGUCGUUAUGCAAUGAGUGGUUUUUCUUUUUAAAUAUAAGGAAGACAGUGUUAGGUCGUAUCUUGUGUUGAGUGUAUGUGCCACCUCGAUUUAAAGAGUGCAGGAAUAAAGUUGAGAAUGCGAGUCUAUGGAUGCGGACGGUAAAUUAAUAUUCUGGAAGAGGGGGCUGUGGGAGGGGGGGCUCCCCGCUCUCAGAUGUGACACCUGUAAGAGACGAAACGUGGAUAAAAUGAAUGCUAAAACGUUGGAGAGACCGAGUGAGUUAAAAAAGCUAUCGGAGGAGAGUCUCACUCGUCAGCCAGAAGAAGUCUUCGAUAUUAUUUGCAAGCUUGGAGAAGGGUCCUAUGGCAGCGUUUACAAGGCGUUACACAAGGAGAGCGAGCAGGUGCUUGCCAUCAAGCAGGUGCCGGUGGACACUGACCUGCAGGAGAUCAUCAAGGAGAUCUCUAUUAUGCAGCAAUGCGACAGCCCAUACGUAGUCAAGUACUAUGGUAGUUACUUCAAGAACACGGAUUUGUGGAUUGUUAUGGAAUACUGCGGUGCGGGCUCUGUGUCGGACAUUAUGAGGUUACGUAAGAAAACACUAUCAGAGGACGAAAUAGCGACCAUUUUGUGUGACACACUGAAAGGGCUUGAGUAUCUACACCGGCGAAGAAAGAUCCAUCGAGAUAUCAAGGCGGGAAACAUUUUACUCAACAUGGAGGGUCACGCUAAAUUGGCUGACUUUGGUGUGGCCGGACAGUUGACGGAUACAAUGGCGAAGCGAAACACAGUAAUUGGUACGCCAUUUUGGAUGGCACCGGAAGUGAUACAGGAGAUCGGAUAUGACUGCGUGGCCGAUAUCUGGUCUUUGGGUAUCACCGCUCUGGAAAUGGCCGAAGGGAAACCGCCGUAUGGAGAUAUUCAUCCGAUGAGGGCUAUUUUUAUGAUACCAACCAAACCUCCGCCGUCAUUCAGAGAACCAGACAAAUGGUCCCCUGAGUUCAUAGAUUUCGUAAGUCAGUGCCUUGUCAAGAACCCCGAAGAUAGAGCGACGGCAGAAUACUUAUUGACACAUGAGUUCAUAGGUAACCCCAAACAGCCUCACAUUCUCAGUCAGAUGAUAGAGGAAGCGAACGAAAUCCGAGAGAGUCAAGCUUACAGGACCGCCAUGAAUGCCUCCAACGCCAAGACAUUUGCGGCCAGUGGCUGCGCAGGCGGCGCUUCGUACAACUCGGACACGAUGAAGCAGGCGAGUGGGACAUUGGUUCCCGCGAGAGAUGGCACCACCGAACUCGCAGCCGGUUUGGCCACUAUGGUCAUCAAUGAACAGGAUUUGGCCACUAUGAAACGCCACGACACGGACCCAAUGGACACGAAUAAGCCGAAAUAUCGGCCAUUAUUUCUCGAGCACUUUGAGAAGAAAGAGGUCAAUCACCUCAAUAUGGCCGCACCCAAUGGGACGCUAACCGCACAUGUACGACUCCCCGAAGCGGAUACCAUUAGUACGCAAGUGGCAGAGGUGUGUGGCGCGGCAAGUGUGGGGGCCUUAAUCGAAUCUGGCAACUUCGAAUUCGUAAGUCAACUCCACGUCGUCACUCUAUUGCCACUUCGCGCGCCCCCUGUCGUACCUGUCGGAGGGCGAAUUGGAGACGCUCCAGGCUCGUCUGGACGUGGAGAUGGAAGGCGAAAUCGAGCGACUCCACGCCCUCUACGACCGCAAACGUCGGCCCAUAUUAGACGCGAUAUCCCUCAAACGCAAACGACAGCAGAACUUCUAGCCCCGCUUACAUUGUACACACGACAUCAUUGAAUGAAACGUUUCCCAUGGGAUCAGAGUCGUGUAUAUGCCGCAGCCAAUUAGACUAAUUAGCCGUUCAAUUAACAUCCUAGCCAUUUAACUAGCGGCCUGAAAGAUGUUCAGUCAGUUGAUCAAACAGCUAGGUUGACUUGGAUCGAUAACGUUUCAUUACUUGCCUAGACUGUUGACUGUUAAUUUAAAUUUAAUUCUACUUUCUGCCAUUCUUAAACUGUCAAUAUGGCGUCGGUGGUGAUGGUGUUUUCGAAAUUUUCAUGAAAAACAACAACUGCAAUGGAAGAGUGUAGUGACAAUAAUAAUGGGCAUUUGACUCAAGGAAUUUAAUUUUAAAAUAAUUUUUAAUACCAUGUUUUUUCUUUUUUUAUUUCUGCCAUAUUAAUGAUUAUCGUAUUAAUGGCCUAAGGAUUAGCCAGCCAUGCUACGGCUGAAUAUCUUUCAGGCCGUUAGUUAAAAGGCUAGGAUGUUAAUUGAACGGCUAAUUAAGCUAGUUGGCUGCGACAUAUCCACUUAACGGAUCGAGACUUUACAUUUUACAUUGAGGAUUUGUGGUAUUCACAGAUAUAAAUUCGGCCUUAAAGAUACCAAGACUAGUUGCCUGUUUCACAAUGUAUGGAUAAAGUACCAAAUAGCUGUGCAACACAUAAAUUAUUCUAAAGAUAAAAGUUCCAAAUAAGAUACUUCGCAUUUCAUGACGAAUAACGCUAUGACAGUUGUGAAACGCAAAAAUACUGUUUAUCCUACCGAUAAGUAAUAAAUAGCUUAUUUGGAACUUAUCCGGACAUUGUGAAACAGACCCUAAAUGUAAUAUAAAUUCUCCUAAAACUGUCCGAAUGUCGUGAAAUUUCAUUCAGUGACGUCUUGAAUAUAUCACUUUGUCUAAAUGAAAUCAGAAGUCUAAUGAUUGAAGAUCCCUACUAGAGUUUAUCGAUAAUAUCGCGAAUUAAUUAUGAUCUUCAAUUUCUAGAUUUUUCGUGAUAUUUCGGUUGGUACGUUAUGAAUUCUGAUUAUCCCAUUGAAGAUUUCCUACGGAAGUUUUGAUAUAAAACUGUAAUUUUAUAUUUCGAUGCGUUUUGUUGAUCAUUGUUAUAAUGAAUUGGUGAUUAUCUAUAUUGGUCUAAAUUGGUGCUUUUUAUAUGAUGAAGGUGCCAAACGCGAAGAAAUCUUCGUUCCUCAUUCGUACCUUUCAAAAUUAAGGCCAAAAUAUUUCGGCAAAUGCAUUUUACGUCUCAAAGGGUUCGCCCUUAGUAUUAAUUUAGGUUAAGUUGUUACUUAGUAGAUUUUGAGUAAGGACGCCGAAACAUAUCCUCGUAGUGUCAACCUUUUUCCGCUAGAUGGCUCUGAUAACAAGUUGGAAAGAGAUAGAAAAUUUUCAACAAUUUCCCCUUUUCAGCUAAAUGCUAGUUUUUUUCAUUCAUCGUAUUUAAGGUGCUAGAUGACAUGUUGAAUAAUAAACGCGCUGAAUACGUUUUCUAUUUCUAGUUUGAAGAGUCGUCCUGCGGAAGAAAGGAAAAUAUACGUUUUUGUAGUAUAUUAUAGAUACAUGACAAUAUUGUAGUUUACGCGUCGGGUUUUCCCGAUUCCUAUGUACCACUUAACUGAUUCGUUAUGGGCGUAUGCCGUAUACGCGUAUGAACGUACGAGUAUGUUCGUUUCUCCGUAGUUUAAUUGAUAACAGGUUUAUAGAAAUGCUUUAAUUUCGGUUUAUUGCCAAGAAUAACAAGAGACGCAAAUCUGUCGCCCGUCAGAACUAAUAUAAUAAUAAUAAAACUUUGUCGUGUAGUUCUACGUCCUGUUAAUUAUUUUAUAUAAAAUGUCAUAGGAAUCGGCGAAGUAAUGUUCCGCAUCGCGUUGUUUCUUUAGUUAUUAGUUCCUUUUAUUUGGAUCUCAACGUCUCAAUUAGGAUAACGAAAGAAUCAAAAUUCGUACAAUCGAAGUUAUCCUAUAAGAUAUAUUAAAUGACUUCAGUAGUGGGUUGUGAGAUUCAGAAUCUAUUGUAAAAUUUAUUGCAGUUACACAAUUAGUGUUUGAAACGAGUUUGUACAGAGAUAACUUUUUAUCGAAAAUAGUUUGAAAGCUUAGACUAGCGUAUUUUUCCCAUACAAAUCCGCUUGUACAAAUGCGCAUCACGCCUUCAAGAUUAUACGAUAAAUAGCAUAGUUAGAAGUGCCAUUAAGUGUAAAUUCAUAGUAUUUUCGUACUUUGAGCGAUAGACAUAAUUUUAGAUGACGUUUUCUUUAGCUGAAGUUUAGUGCCAUGAGCUUUUUCUGUUCGGAGAUCAUAUUGUUUUGAUAAAAGCGUACACAAAUUGGCCUACAGUGAAAAUAUUUUUUCUAUAACUUUUACAGGGUAGUUAAAAAUUUUCAUUUUUUUUUGUACGUGAUUCAUAAUUAAAUUGUCGGUAUCGGAGAGCUAAGUUGAAUCCUUUUCGAAAAUACAUUCGGCAUCCUCCUUGGAAACUGUGACUUGCACCGGAAACAGCUUUUACAACAUAAAAAAAUAGUAUUAAAGUUAAAGAUAUUUUUGGCGGCAGCAGGUCACAUUGUUUUGAAAAUUGUUUAACAGCGUAAUAAUAUUAUCAGGAGGAAACUGGCAGAAAAACACGAGAUUUUUUCUAUUUUAAAAACAUUAAUUGUUAAGGAAAAAUGUGAUUCUAUACUAAUCAAUGUUCUGAAGAAGGAAAAUCAAAUGUAGAGUAAGAGGUACUUGUAGGUUUAAAUAUAUUUUCAGAUUCGUAUGUAAAAAAAUGCAUAUUAUUUAAAUAAAAAAAACUAAAAUUUGUCUCGUGGAAACCUGUUUGAUAUCCGUAAAGAUCCGAUGAAAAUAUGUUUUAAACCAUUUUCCUAAAGUCACCCUAGUAGAAAUAGAAAUGUUUUAAUUUUAUGUUACUGCUGUAUAUUUUUGGAUGAUCGACUCACUGAUUAAAAGAUUAUUGAUA